GGGAACAACCAGAAGAGAAAGAACUUCACUGCCCGUCAGCCUUUUUUUCUGACAUUUUGCCGCACCCUGGAACGUUUUGUCCAUGCCACCAGUAAAGCCGAGGCCAGAAAACCUAACAGCACAAAGCAAAGCUCUUUGCCCUUUCCACGGAUUCAUUUAGUCUGACUUGCAGUCCACAGCCUGGUGAUGGAUUUUACCCUGCUGACAGACAGUGAGACCCGCAGCCCGGCGCUGUCUCUCUCUGACUCCGGAACCCCACAGCAUGAGCCUGGAUGUAAAGGCCAGGAACAAAGCGACAUUGAGAGAUCCCAGCAGAACAAGCUGGAUGAGUCAAGUGUUGAUGACAGCUCUCUGAAGAAGAAACAGCGGCGGCAAAGGACUCACUUCACUAGCCAGCAGCUCCAGGAGCUAGAGGCCACCUUCCAGAGAAACCGCUACCCAGACAUGAGCACCAGAGAAGAAAUCGCAGUGUGGACCAACCUCACUGAGGCUCGGGUCAGGGUAUGGUUUAAAAACCGCCGUGCAAAGUGGAGAAAAAGGGAAAGGAACCAGCAGGCAGAGCUAUGUAAAAAUGGCUUUGGUGCCCAGUUCAAUGGACUCAUGCAGCCGUAUGAUGAAAUGUACACAGGCUAUUCCUACAACAACUGGGCGACCAAGGGCCUAGCAAGCAGCCCACUCUCUGCAAAAACCUUCCCAUUUUUUAAUUCAAUGAAUGUAACUCCUCUGUCAUCCCAGCCAAUGUUUUCCCCCCCAAGUUCUAUCCCCUCUAUGAACAUGCCCUCUAGCAUGGUGCCAUCAGCAGUAACUGGAGUUCCUGCUGCUGGGCUCAACAACCUGAGCAACCUCAACAACCUCAACAGUCCCACGGCACUCAACUCAGUAGCAGUGACUGCAGCCACCUGCCCCUACGCCACCACAGCCAGCCCCUACAUGUACAGAGACACCUGUAACUCCAGCUUGGCUAGCCUACGGCUUAAAGCAAAGCAGCACACCAACUUUGCUUAUCCAGCAGUGCAGAAUACCGUGUCCAACCUCAGCCCCUGCCAAUAUGCUGUGGACCGGCCGGUAUGAACUCCAACCAUGACUUAACACACCAGCUGUAAGUCCACUGUUACUCUAAUUUUCAUCCUCUCAGUACCAUCUCUAAACUGCUGGUCAUGCAGCAGAUCAGUUGGUGUUUUGAUGGUAAACCAUUAGUCCAAUCAUAACAACUCAGAUGGACCACUGUUUCUUCAAAGCAAUUACACCCAGUUAAAUAAGUUGCUAAACUGACCAACCAGUUUUAAACUGUUUUUAAAGAUCAGAGUCAGAUUUUCCUUUUUUUGAACUGCAUUAUGAGAAACGUUUGAAAAAAAAACACAGACAAGCGAACCUUCAGACUGGUUGUUAGCAUCUUGGCCAAAAAACCUCAAAAACAGCUCUUACAGAAAGGGCUCCUGGUUUAAAAGCCAGCAAAGUAGAGGGUGUAUAUAAUAUUUUUUCCUGCUUUGUGUGAAUAUAUAAGGAGCCCAAAACUAUUCAUACCCCUGGCAGAGUUAAAUUGAAUUGUUUUAUUCAUCUUCAAAGCUUUCUUCUGUCUCCAAAUAUGAUAAAACUAUUUAAAAGCAGUAUCAAUGUUAAAAACUGAUUAUAUUUUUUAUUUACAUUGUAUUAAAAUGGCAUGACAAAAAUUAUUUCUUUCUUUUCUAGUAAUCAAGGGGAAAUCUUUAUUGGAAUUACAGACAUCUAACUUUCAAUCUUAAUAUCUGACCAGCAUCUUCAAUGUUUUCGCAAGCAUUCUGACUAUCUUUGGUGCUGAGCUUCAAAACAUUUAGGAAGGAAAGCCUCCUUGUCAUCACCCCAGUCUUUAGCUCUCUCCUCGGAUUCAGGUUGGGACUCUGGCUGGAAAGCUUUCACAUGUUGACAUUAACUCCAGUUAGAAAAAGAAGAUUAAAGAUUAUUUGAAAUAUUACUUUAAAUCUGCCGGGGGUAUGAAUAUGGUAUCUGGUGACAGAUACAAAGCAAGGACCAUAGGUAAACAUUCUAUCAGCACAUUGUUUAGGAACUAGAGUUGAGUAAAAAUGGUAUCAUCCCGAAGGCCAUCAAGGGAUACUCUGGUGUUUGAGAGAUCUUGAAAGAGAACAUGACUCAGUGCUUUUAAAUAGCAAAUCAGCUAUUUAAAUACAUACAUACACUCACUGGCCACUGUAUUAAGUAAAACCUUGCUAGUACCGGGUUGGACCCCCUUUUGCCUUCAGAACUGCCUUAAUCCAUCGUGACAUAUAUUCAACAAGGUACU